CCAGCCAUCGUCCAUAUGAUGCAAAAUCCGGCCCUGGCCUUCGCCUCACAGCACCUCGAUGGGUGGUUUGCACGAAAGUUAAGGCUCAAGUCACGCCCAUCUGACGCUGAACCACCGUCUCCCAAUAUAUAACCGAUUGGUCAAGCAAGUUACGGAUAUACGUGAUUUGGAAGCCGCGCUGGUCACAGUUCUUGUUUUCUAUAGGAUUGUGUCACCAACAACCACCGUACCGAAUUUGUGCGAACAUAUAAAACCUCUCUACCUUAGGUACACACCUCAGUCGAACUUCGUUCGUCUUUCUUACUACCCCAUAUCACGACCCACCCACACUCGUUUAUCAUGUUCAACAAGUCCACUCUUUUGAUCAUCAUCAGUGCUGCUUUUGCAGUUGCUGUUCCCACCGGGUCCAUUCCUAAGGGUCCUAGUACGCUAGACAGUGUCCACGUUCUUGGCGCCAGCGCCAGCAUCCCCGGAAUCUCGGACGUCAAAACAUCAUCCACAAAAUACGUCGGCAUCGCUGAUGUAGAGAAGGAGAAGGCACCCACAGUUCCUAAGGAUACUCUCAGCGUUCCUGCUGUCAGUCUCCCUCAGGAUGAGUCUCUUGUCACAGAUGAGCUCCCAAAGGUUGAUCUCUCCACUGUCGAAUUACCCUCGCCACCGAGUCAGGGCAACGACAAGUCGGAGCAGACACCCGAUGCCUCCACACUCAAGCCCCCCAGUGGUUCAGCGUCCAUUGCCUGGUACGCUCGGACUCUACCCAACAACACAACGCCCAAAAACUCCGAUACAUCUCGCAUGCAAUCUGCAGUCAAAGACGUUGGCAAGGUAGUCGUGAUUAAAGGUAAUUUGCCGCGGGAACGUCACAUUCCAGGCGUUCAUAUGCGUUCCUUACCCUACACACCCGAGCUCACCCAGUCUUCACCUCCCAAAGAAUCGAAUUCGUUUGCAACCAAUGCUGCCAAAGCCUCGUCUCCCAACGAGCCACCAUCUCUGUCGCGUCGUGCUGAGUCAUGUGACUCUGGCUACACCUUGACCUACUGCAAGGAGGUCUUGGAGUCAGACAACAGCCUCAUUCCGAAGCUGCUCCAGUCCGUAAACGUGGACACCUCUGUUACUGGCCCAGUGGGCUUGUCCUGCUCAGAUACGAAGACGGCUGACUACGUCUACCCCCUUUGCAGCAAGAUGAUGGACGUGCAAGGUCUGGCGCUCGACUGUAUAGAGGCCAUUGCCAGUGUCCUUGCCUAAGCCGCACAUGUAUACUUUAUG